AUGCACCGGAAGUGUGAUCUCAAGCUUGUGCAGCCCUCAGGGAAAAGGAUCUGGCUUCGCAUCGCAGAUCCACGAACUGAGAAGCGCAGACUCAGUGCAGCCAGCACGGAGUUUGUGAAAUUUUGGAUGCGCUGGGCCAUUUGCGCACCCCGCAUGCGUGCAUUGCGCCCACCUCCUGUGGCUGCCCCUUUCUUGAUCGCCGCCGAUGCCAUGGCAUCAGGCAGCUGCAUCGGCAUCGGGGGUUUUGCACUUCUGGAGAAGGCGGGCCAGCCGCUUUGGUUUUCCGAAAGCUUUGUGGUGCAGGAUUUCCUUGAUUCGGGGUUGCAAAUGAAUUUGCAGGCUCAGCGUGACAUCACUUCAUACGAGGUCCUGGCACAACACGCGCUGCUACUGCUUGUAUCUACAGUUCUGCCUACGGGGCGCAUUUCCGUUCAUUUGCCCACGCUUAGCGACAACACCGGCUCGGAAUCUGCCAUAAACAAACUGUUUUCUACAGUGUAUCCUGUUUGCAUGUUCUUGCAACGUAUUGCUUCAUUUGGAGCCCUGUCAGGCCUCACACUUGAGGUCGCGCAUGUGCCAGGCGUUGCCAAUGAUGAUGCAGACACGCUGUCUCGCUGGGACGGGGUGUCCCAACUUGAUGCCAAGUGGCUUCUGGAUAAUCGGGUUCGGCUACCUCUUGAACGUUUGUGGCACUUUCGUUCCGAUGUGCGCCUCUGGCCAGAAGCGACUCAGCUUCUGUGGCAGCCACCUGACUGCUGA